AUGUCCACUGUUGUCGCUCAGCCUCAUUUCAUGUUCGGGCUUCGUUCAGGAGUCACGAACAAUGUGUGUUUCUGCGAUGAACAAACUGUGGUUUUUCCCAGUGGAAACAACUGUGUGUGUUACAACAACGUCCAGAAGAACCAGAAGUUCAUCCCAGGUUCAGACAGAAGCCGGGGGAUGACAGCUCUAGCUAUCAGCGCUAACCGCCGUUAUCUGGCCGUGUCCGAGUGUGGAGACAGAGCCACCAUCACGGUGUUCGACCUGCAGCACGAGCAGGGCCGAAAGAGGAAGGUUCUGACUGCAGGAGACGUUCAGGUUCAGGAGUUUGGAUGCAUGGCCUUCUCCCCUGAUUCAAAGUAUCUGAUAGGCCAGACCAGCGGUCCUGACUGGGUGCUCAUCUUCUGGCUUUGGGAAAAACACAAAGUCCUGGCAAUGGUGACGACUACUACGUCAAAUAAUCCCAUUACCCAGGUGAGCUUCAACCCGUACAACAACAUGCAGCUCUGCGUCAGCGGUUCUGGAGUGUUCAAACCGUUCCGGUAUGCAGAGGGAACCCUGAGGCAGAGCAGCUUCCCAAAGGUGGAGUCCGUCAACUUCCUGUGCCACACCUGGGUGACAGAGGAGAGGGUGAUCGCCGGGACGGACACGGGCCGACUGCUGGUGUUCGAGUCCGGGGACCUACGGAGGGAGAUCAGCCUGAGCAGUGAGGUCAUGCAGGAGGUCACUGACAGGCAGCUGGAAAUGAAGAAAGUCAAAGAUCCUGUGGAGGGGGAUUCGUCUGCUCCUCGUGUCACAGCCAUCCUUGCAUUCUCCAGAGGUUUUAUGUGCUCUAUGGGUCCAGGCACCGUCUACCUGUUUGAGAAAACUAAAGAGGACAGUUACAGGAAGAUCAAGGACAUCCUGAUUCCUGCAGAGCUCUGUGGCAAUGAGAUGAACCCUACAGAAUACCAGGAGAUCCACAGCAUGUGCAUUAGUCCAGCACAGGAGACUCUGGUCAUCAGCACAGACGGAGGACAGAUGUACGCCGUCAGUCUGUCGUCUGUGGAGAAGAGCAAAGUGGCAGCAGAAAAAGAGGAACAGCUGCACUUUGAGUUUCUGUCUCAGUCCUUCCACUCCAAGUCCAUCACUGGUUUGUCCAUCUGCAUUCGAAAACCUCUCAUCGCCACCAGCUCUCUGGACCGUUCUGUCCGCAUCUGGAACUACGAAACUAAAGAGUUGGAGCUGUACAAGGAGUUCCAAGAGGAGGCGCACAGCGUGGCUCUGCACCCCACUGGGCUCUUCAUGCUGGUGGGCUUCUCCGACAAACUCCGACUGAUGAACUUACUCAUCGAUGACAUUCGGACCUUCAAGGAGUUCACUGUGCGCAGCUGCCGAGAGUGUGCCUUUAGUCACGGAGGCCACAUGUUUGCAGCCGUCAGUGGAAAUGUCAUCCACAUUUACUCUACCACCUCUUUUGAGAACAUCCUGAAUCUCAAGGGCCACAACGGAAAGGUGCGAGGUAUUGAGUGGAGUCAGGACGACAGCCGGCUGGUGUCAUGUGGGAUGGACGGUGCCGUGUACGAGUGGAACACUUGGACCGGCAAGCGGGAGUCGGAGUGCGUCCUGAACUCUUGCAGCUACACAGGGGUGGCCUUCUCCUCAGACUAUAAAACCAUUGUUGCCGUGGGAACCGACCUCACUCUGAAGGAGAUCCAAGACUGUCAGGUUCUAAGGGAGGUUCCUGCUGAUGAUGUGGCUCACAAUGCUGUCACAACAUCUCGAACUGGUAGGGUGGUCUUUACUGGAACCUCCAGUGGAACCAUCAGGGCUGUUAAGUACCCAUUACCCAUGCAGAAGGACUGGAUCAUGUACCAGGCACACUGUGCUCCUGUUACUAAGAUGGCGAUCACUUUUGAUGAGCAGUUCCUGCUGACAGUGUCUGAAGACGGCUGUCUGUUAAUGUCUAAAAUCGUCGAUAAGGAAGGCCGUGGACUGAAGACCAACAAACAGAUCAUCCAUACUGAGGAGAUCCUCGUCACCAAGUCGGACCUGGAGGAGAAGAACCAGAAUAUGAUGGAACUGAAGAUGCGGCUGGAGGAGCUGCAGAUGGAAAACGAAUACCAACUGCGCCUUAAGGACAUCACCUACAACGAGAAGAUCAAAGAGCUCUCUGACAAGUUCAGCCAGCAGAUCAAGGAUCUAGAAGCAGCACAACAGGCCCUAAAGACAGAGAUGGAAAAGCAGGAGCGUGAGCAUCAUGACAGAUCUGCACAGGUCACAGAGAACCACUCUAAAGAAGUGACAGAUUUGGAGACAUCCUACAGUCAGAAGCUGAUUGUGGAGCACGAGCGCUUCAUAGAUCUUCAGCAGAAAUGCCAAAGGAUUCAGGAAAACUAUGAGGAACGACUGAAGGAUGCAGCAGAGAGUAAAAGCCGAGCUCUGGAGGAGCUGACAGAGCUUUAUGAAACCAAGCUCCGGGACAAGACUGAGAUCCUGGCUCAGUGCCAGGAGGAGGCAAAACAGAAAACCUGUGAGUUUAAAGAGACAAUAAAGCAAAUGGAGGAGAAUGAGAAGCGGACGAUCCAUGACAUUCAGACCAAGUACGAACAGAAACUGAACGCAGAGAAAGAGACCAACCUCAGUCUGAAGGGGCAGACGGAUAUCAUGGCACAGAAGUUCUACAGUCUGCAGAGACAGAUCGACGACAGAGGAGCCGACAUAAACAAACUGAAGCAGGAGCGACAGAGGCUGCUGGGUCUGAUCCGAUCCAUGGAGAGCGACAUCGAGGACCUGAAGAGGAAGAUCUCUGGACUGGAACGGACCAACCAGGACAAGGAUAAGACCAUCGCCAGCUUGAAGAAGAAGAACAUGGAACUGGAGAAACUCAAGUUUGUUCUGGAUUUCCAGUUGAAUGAGUUGAAGAAUAAGAUUGAGCCUCAACAAGAUGACAUCAGUGAAAUGAAGGAGAGGAUCCAGCAGCUGGAGGAGGAGUUGGUGAAUCUGGAUAAAUCCAACACCCAUCUGAAGCUCAGUGUGUCUGACCUGAAACUCAAACUGAGGACCAGAGAGAAGGAGAUGCACAAAGAGAUGCAGAAAAUGAAGGACUUAGAGACGCAGCUGCAGCGGCUGAAGUCUGACCUCCACGAUUGUGUCGGUGUCAUCCAGGAGCCAAAGAAGCUAAAGGAGUGUGUGAAGAUGAUCCACGCUCGAUACGUCCAGCAGACUGAUGUGGUGUUGAAAAGUAGCGUAGAAGAAGAAAUCCAAGAGGCGUUCUGUCGACAGCGCGAGCACCUGGAGAAGACUGUUACUAGUCUGAAGACGAGACUGGAAAAAUCUGCCGAGGAGCACGAGAAGACCUACGUCAAGAUCAUGAAGGAGAAUGUGACUCUAAUCACUGAAAUCAAUGAACUGCGUAAGGAGCUGCGUUCAGUGAGGAGUCAGGCUAAAGAAUACAAAGCACAGCUGAUCGUUUCAAAGAAGUCCCGUCAGUCUCGUCCAAGCUCAGAAGAAGGACCCAAGAAGGAGCCGUCACACGAAGAGGCCACAUAA